AUGGCCGCCUUCGUGCGCGUUUCGGGUCCGGCAAAUGGCAAUUUUCUAAUCGGUUAUCCGGGCAUCUCUGCGACCAUGCCCCGGAUCGAGGGUAAGGUUGAGAUUCGGCCUAUUGUUGGAAUCACAGCCCCCGUCAAUGUAUCCCUAGUUACCAUCUCCCUCCUGCGUCGAGAGUCAAUACAUCCCUCGGCCGACUCCGUCACCAAAAAGCACCUGGCCCCCCCGCGCAAAGAAGUCGCUGAUAUUGUGGGCAAAGAAAUGCUGUUGUUUCGAUGUCCCGCCGGUCGAGAAUAUGAGGAGGUCAUCUCGAUGGAUUUGCCGUUUGUCCUGUUCAUCCCAUUUGGCCGGGGCGGCCGCGAUGCUUCACGACGUGUACCUCCAGCCAGUCUCCAGCUGCCCAGUCGCACUGCCGAGACGUAUUAUGAAAUGGUAGUGAUGGUCCAGCAGGGACAGUCGGAACAGCGCAAAUACACCUUCCCCGUGCCCAUUGCACGCUACGACACCCUCUCUACCUUUGGUAUGUAUAAUCGUCCCGAGUCAGCAGAGCGCGUAUCCGAUCAUUUGGUCACGCUCGCUAUCUCUCUGCCGCGAUGGUCGUAUGGUCCUCUCGACCCGGUCAGCGUCUAUGUCAAAUUGUCCCCCAACCAGGUCUGGAUGGGCAAGGCUCGCAGAGUGACGAUCAACAAGAUCACCAUCGGCAUCGACGAAGAAAUUAUUUACAACCACGAGGGCGAUGAGCCCCAGCGCAAAGUGAAGAACUUGACCAAGAAGACUGAGCCCAUUGGCGUCAAGCUGCCUCAGUCAGGCUUUCUGACGAAUCUGGGCCUGGUCUUCCCUGCCAAAGAUCUGCGAGACUCAGAGGGGGUCUUGCCUCGCAGUCGAACGGCAUUCCCCACAUACGGUGUGACUGGGUUUACCACAACAGCCAGUCUUUAUAAAAUUGAGUAUUAUCUAACCGUGCGAGCCCAUUUGACGUCCGCAAGAGACAUCACUAUCCGCCAACCGAUCGUGGUUUGCCCGCUCGACCAUGCUGGGUGUAAAGAAGAGAUGGAGGCCAUCGAACAGGCCGCCCGAGACGCAGCCCAUGUGAAUCCCGACAACCCGAUGUUACCACUUCCCUCGAUCGUGCGUCCCAACGAUCACAAUGCCCUGAGCCACUUGGGCGUCGCUGUGGUUGGCAACCAGAAGAAAGCUUUAAUUAACUGA